GGCAGUUUGAUAAAUGCUGUGGUGGUUUGUAGAAUAAUGUCUGAUGUUAGUUUAAUAUUUUUGAAAGGUUUAAAAUGCAUUUCCAUAAAUACAAACCUGCAUUUCACCACAGACAUUCAGAGAUAUAAGCUGUGCAUUAUUGGCGCUCAUUUUAGUUAUCCAACCAGACUUUCCUAACAUUUCUUUCAUAUAUAUUCUCCUCAUCAAAUCUUGAUUCAUUUGGCUUUCUUAACUAAGGGCAUCCUUUUUGCUCAACUCUAAGGAGGUCCUGGUGCUGCAAUCCCAUGGCGACGAGAGCAAAAGACACGACUCCUGGCAUUGUUAAGGAAAAGAGGAGAAUCACUCAUUCUCCUUCGUUUCCUCGUCCAGCCAAUACCACGAAAAAAAGUGUCAACACAGCCACCACCACGACGAUAGCACCCAAUCACAUUAAACCUACUAAACCUUCAAAUGUAGAUCCUUCAAUAAAGCCGGUGAGCACCAAAGCCUCCACCAGCACCCUCCAGAAACCUGACUUGGCUCGAAGAAAAUCCUUUGGCAGCAGGCCCCUUUCUCAGCCAAAAAGCCCGGAUCCUGCUGCUAAUGCUGAGAAAAGUCCCAAAACUACAGGCACUGGUGUCCGUCCAAAACCAGUCACUCAGAGGUCACGCAGCUCAUCAUCGUUAAAAACCCCAGCAAGUCCAUCGGCCAGGCCUAAGGUUGCUGCCACAGUUACUAGAAACCCCGUUCCUGGAAAAUCAGCGAGACCAGCAACAAGACCAGCUACAACUGCUGUUUAUAGAAAAAAGGAGCCUCAGAGCAAUGCGGCUGCUAAAACUUUAAAAUCUCCAACUAGUAAAGCUAACCGUGACUCACCUCAAAAAUCUGAGAGCAUUGAUGAAAUUGAUGCCACAAAGCCUGAUCAUGAGGUAGAAACCGAAUCUUGUCAAGACAUCCAUGAUCAAGAAUCAGUCUGUUCCUCAGUAGUUGAUGCACACAAUGAAAAUGACGACACUUUACUGAACGUUGAUUUGGAACACGAUGAUCAAUUAGACCAAAUAAACGAGGAAGCCUAUUUACUCUCUGAGGCCAGUACAGUCGUCUCAGAAAUUGAACAAAGUGAAGUGGAAUUGGAGAACAAAGUGAACGAAGUCACCGAGAAGCUGCAACAGGAAAGUACUAACAAUGAUGAGCCAAAAAUAGAUGCAGACAAUGGCAAUGAUGCCAGUUCACCCAAAGAUGGACUCCAAGAAUCAGAGGAAGUAAACAUGAGUACUAAUGAAACGAACGAAAAAGAUCCAGUGGCUGCUCCAGAGGAAGAGAAGGAGGCAGUGGAUGACAAGAAUGAAAAAUCAGGUGAUGAGAAAGAGAAAGCAGUUGAACAAGUGAGGCCGGAAGGUAUUGAGCAAGUGAAAGUUGACAAGGAAGACACAACAAAGAAGAUUAACAAUAACAACACUACAGGAGGGAGUGACAAGAAGGAAUCGCCGGUAUCCAAUGAGGUGAUUGAAGAGACUGCAUCUAAACUAAGAGUUAAGAGGAAAAACAAAGUCUUGGCACUGGUUGGAGCCUUUGAAACUGUCAUGUCAAAAGACUGAUGAAACCAGCAAACUGCACAAUCUUCUUUAAUCUGAAAACACACAUUAAAAAACUUUAUAUGUAGUUUUGUUUAUACAUGCACGAUGACUGGAUGUAUCUGCAAACUGCAAGCCAUCAAAAAAUUUAGUUUGGAUGUGCAAAACAGUGUAUCUGAAUUGAAAUGGAACUUCCUUCUUGCUUCAUUUAUAUUC